CUUUCGAAACUGGCCAACGUCCGACGAAUCAACUUUAUGCCGGCUGCUAUUGUGGUUGAGCUCGUUAGUGAUGAUGUUAUCAUCAUGCUUCGGACUCGUUUUUCAACUCCACGCGAGAUCAGACGCGCGAGCGUGAAGACCCAAGCCAGUAUCCCGCAGGUCUGCUUCCUCAAGAUGCAACGAAUUACAUCCAUGAGCCUGAAUGGGGUAUGUUCAGUCCAGGCAUGAGAGUUUCAACCGCACCUGCUGCAGACUCUCGACCCAUGACAUCUGGCAUUUUUUUGCGAAAAGGAGAUACCCAGUGUAUCACAGUGGCAAGCCAUGCUUUUCCGGACACACAAGAGGUGUUCCACCCCGCGCCACACGGUGACAAAAUCGGGGAUAUUAUCAAACGACAUCCAGAACUAGAUACAGCAAUGGUGCAGCUCACGCCUGCCAAUUCCCACCGGUUCACUAACAACACAUACUUCCAAGCUGAGCCACCCAGACGCCUAGCUCUAUCUUCCGACAUAACCCCCGGGACAUGGUUCGAAGCCGACGGCAUGAACACAGGCUUGCUGUCCUUCCUGUGUUUGGGAAAAGCCCUCGAGAAACCUGCACGCCCAAUUACUGACAUCCCCGCUGACGAGUGGAAACAAAGCACCUUCUUCAAUAUUUUUGGUACGAGGAGUCCGCAAAUAAUGGAAGGUAUUUAUGGCGCACCACUUGUGGAGGCGGGGACUGGACUUGUUGCCGGGCUUUUGCAUUCAGCAAAUGGAGUUUGGGCCGAGUGCGCUGCGCUCGAUGACCUUGUUGCUGAAAGGUGGGGGAGUCGCUUAGGGUAACCUUUUCUUCUCUUGACAUGGCUUCCAUGGAUUUCUAUGGCGUUUAACUGGGGCACUGUGUUUCUCGGAGUUUGAUAAGGACUGUGAGGUGCUCUGGUCAUGUUUCUGCCUUUGACAAACUAAGUAGGUAAUAUAUAAAUUAAAUCUACGAAGUUAUGGGCCAAAAGACAUCGUACUUGAAGGCCAGGAAAG